AGAGGGCGGGACGGGCUAGUUAUUUUUGUUGUUGGUGCCUUCAGUCCAAGCCAAGUUAGCACCUGCUAACAUUUGAGCUUUCGCACCACUUCUAACUUCUGGCCACUGUUUAACCUUUGUUUGGACCACAUAAUAUAGUCACGUUUAUUUGGCCAGCUUUGUUAAAAUACCUGAAAUAGGCCCUUCGUCAUAAGAUGGUCUUUUUGACAAAACACAAUGAAGAUCAGGAUUAUAUCCUGAUUGAGGAGCGUAAAUGCACCUCUCUGCCAAACUCUCCAGCCAGGCGAGCGUGUCCCAGCAAAAAGAAACAGUUCUAUAUCAACCAAGCCAUCCGCAACUCUGACCUCACACCACGAGCCAAAGGCAAAAAGAGUCUGCGCCGACAGGAAAACACACGUUAUCUAGCCAAUCUUCUUGAGAGAGACGACGAGUGUCCCAAAGAUGAACUGGAAGUUUGCAGUAGUCCGGCAAUCCCGUCUAUCUUCACGGAGGCAUGGACCAAUGACGACUACAUUGAGCCAUGGAGUGACUUCAUGAAUUGCUCCGGAGAAGAACAAGAGAGACUUUUGUCCCUGCUGGAGCAGGGCAUGGCCAAGAAGAAACUUGCCAGUUGUCUCCUUAAAGAUCAGAUGAAUGUAAAUCCCGCCUUCACAGCUCAGGAAUGUUUCCAGAGAAUCGACCGGAGACUGCGAGCAACUCUUCGACGAAAACAAAUCCCUGUGGGAAAGCUGGAAGUGCUUGAAGAAAACCUUCUGAGCUUCUUUCUCACUCAACCUCAUUCAGUUUACACAACCAACCUCUCCACCAGCUUUGAAAGGCUGCUGCUCCAUGCGGUCUGCCAGUACAUGGACCUCGUCUCCUCAAGCAGUGACUUGAAUGGGUCUCGUCAGACUGAAGUGGUGAACAAACAGGAGGACUUCCUGCCUCCCACACUUCUGCUGUCGGCCUAUUUGGACCAAAGGUGCUAAGAAGAGGCCCUCACUCACCAGCCUGGCCUUAAAGGAAGCAGGAGCCCUGCAAAACGUCUGUGCAACAAUACCCUCUGCGAGGCUGACCCAGGUCAGAAAAAUGUCUGCACAACGGUACCAUCUGCAAGGCUCAGCCUGUUUAGAAAGAUAACUUUGGGCUACUGACUGGCCUGUUGAGUAACUUCAAAAUGUCAGUCUAUGAAUAUACAAAAUCUUCCACCUCAUCACUUAACAUGAUAUAUAGCAGUUAGGAUGCGAAAUCAUUAUUUCCUGCCGUAAUUAAGUACAAUGCACCUCCUGUGUCUGAAAGGGAAGUUAUUUGUGAUGUGAAUAUUUUGCCCCUCGACAAAACUACAGUUCAUCUGUUGCCAACGCACCAUUUUCUUGACAUGCCGAAAUCAGAUCAUAUUUUUAUUUGGAGCCUGUUCACAUUCUGUUGUGUACAUAACAGGACUUUGUGCAGUUUCCAUAUUCAUAUUUGACACAUUACUUUUUUUAAAGGUUAUUAUUUAACUUGUUGGUAUAAAAAUUACACUAAUUACUCUACUUGGGUAAUGAGAUACAUGAAAAAAUCCAAAUGACACCUAGUUGGAUACAUUUUGGUCAACCAUGAUUUAAUAAUAAUAUUAUCUCUACCUUUGUGCAUUUACUUGGGAAUUAUGUACACAGUGGUAAAUACUUUUGAGACCUUGUCAUGCUUGAUCAUGACCAGUCAUAUAUUUUAAUUGAAAAAAAAAUUCUAAAUGUGAACAGUGACCCGAUAUUAUCAUGAUAAUGUAAAAUUAAAAAAAAAAAUCUGUUGCGUGGCGGUGAAAUUUAAAGGUGCUUGAAUGACUAGCAAGUAGGAUUAAAGUACUGUAGUUAGUGCAUGAAUAUUGAUCAUGGAAAUGUUGCACUCAUGUUGUAGGUAAUGAAGUGUCUGUAACUUGGGUGGACCAACUUUAUAAAAAAACAAAAAAAGUUGUGCAUAUCUGUAAUCUGUGUAUCAAUACAUUGAACAGGUACAUAAAUACCUGGGAAGAUAUAGUUACUUGAAAUUGGAGAAAAUUCUGUUCAGCGUUAACUUGUUUGCAGUUCUCCAGAUUGUUUCAUUUAUCACAUGCAUUAGUAUUAAUGUUUCAGUUGAGCUGCAUCAAAAUGUCUGAGUUUCGGAUAAUGCCUUGCACAGUUUAUUGUCCAUGCAGGGACGCCCUAUGUGUUAUGUACGUUUAGCCUGGGCGUCUAGCGCCAUUAUUUGCAGAUGCAAAUGACUUUUGAAGGCUCUUGGUAACAUACAAAAAGUACUUGUUUCAACGGUGUCCUGAAUGUACAUGAAACUUCUUCUUCUUCAUACAAAAUUAACAUGAUAAUUUCUGAAGAGCAUAGAAUUUGAAAAAGCACUUCUGCCUUAGGAAAGCAAAAGCUAUUUCUGCAUUUUGUACUCUACUAGACAUUCGUAACACAUACAGGUUAUUUGUAAGAAAUGAAGUCGCACAUUCAUCGUGUCUUCUUUGAACAAAGCUUGAGCUGUUGGUCUUUGUUGCCAACAACCAAAGUUUGUAUGAAAUCUAAUUUCUCAGGCUUGUGCGGUUUUUGUCACUGAAUGUCAUGUUGCAAUUUCACUCUUUCUGUACAACACUCACUCUUCAAGAUGAUCAUGGAUGCAUCUUUAUUUGCCAUAAUAUUCAAUCAGUCAUACUGUAAAUACUAAUUGUGUGCCAACAUUUAGACUAGAGCAGCCUUUUAGUGUCAUCAGUUUACACACAAGAUUGUGUACAUAUUUGUAUGUGCUAUGGUGCUUGUUAUAACUAUCGUUGCCACUGUUACUAUUGCAACGUUGUCUUUUUGUCUUUUAACAAUGUGCAUGAGAAAGCUGAAAGCCAUGUCUGAUUUGAUGUUAAAUAAACAUACUUCAAGUGCA